AACGGUAGUCUACGUGGAAGUUUAACUUCGCUUUGUUUUUCGACAAUUCAAUUUGGCGUCUCAAUUUCUCUGAUGAUUUCACUAGAUUCAAUAGAUUCGUGCGCGUGCGCACUCAACAUAAAACGUAAUGGUUAAAUCUAUUGUAGCACAGGAAUUUGUAAUAUUUCACUGAUACGUGUACCACAAGCUAAAUUGACAAUUAGUAUUAAAGAAAAAAAUGUAUUAUUUUUUACGUGUUGAGAGAACGGAUGACCACGAAACUCAUAAUUAUUAACGCAUUAACGGUUCUUAGUACAAUCGCUCUUCGCGUCCUCGACAUUGUUGAGUUUACCUCACGUUCUCUUACUCCGUGUCCACCUCGCUCUCAUUCCCAAGUGCGGCGAAUGGCCGGAAAGAAAACGAGUCGAGCGAGACGAAGCGAAAACGAUUGCAAGCCAGAGAUGGAGAGAGAGCGAGAGAGAACUCGAACUCCAGGUUACCCGAAGACGCGCGCGUGUGUAACGCGCCUGGUGGUCAUAUACCGUUAGGUGAAUUCAUUCCCCGUUGUCGGCGAGACUCGAGGAGUUGUUCGCCACAGUCCACGAGUGUCGGGACGCGAGAAGUGCGCUUUCCAAAUUCCAUUUCAAGAUAUUUGUAUUUACGAUUAUUAAUAAAUUUCUAACGAAAAACAACAUUUUUUUUAACAAUCACAUAGUCGGACGGCGUGGCCCGGGGACCGGAUAAAACGGAAGGACAUUCUUAGUGAUCAUCAGUUGAUAAAGCAGCGGAGAAUACUAAAUCAUGUACGUGCGGUUCCAAGCAUAGCGUACUCGGAAAAACUGAAAACUUGUGGUGGUGGCGGCUUCGAGAUAGUGGAGAGAGGAAGUACCUCAAACCGGAGGCACACAACACACGCGUGACGAGAAUCCCAGAAGAGCGUUAGCAUCUCUAGGCGAACGAGUGGAAGCGAGAAAAAAGAGUGAAGCAAAAAGGAAGAGAGUGGGAGAAGAAACAGCGCCAUUAGAACAUUGACGGCCGUCAAGCAAAGUACGAGAGCGCGAUAGAGAAAAGCAUAUAAAAUGUUCAGCGUUCCUACGUGUUUAAGCUUUGAAAAAAAACUGACUUAAAGAGUGAAAAAGAGAAAGAGUCAUAUCCACGCAUAGAGAAAUGGGAAAGUAAGACACUCAGUCUUAUCGGGAGCAUGAAACGAGACAGCAAGUUUGUCACAGAAGAUUCCAAUAUCCUCGAUACCUCAUUAUUAUUACUUUUGUGAUGAAAACCAUUUAUUGUAGUCAAUGUUGCUGAUAAAAUGACUCGGAACGUUUAAUGAAUUUUAUUAUAAAAAUUGUAUUUUUUCAAUUCGAGUACACUCGAUUAGUAAAGCAGAAGAAUAUUGAAAGGAAAUAAGCGCGAAGAGAUUUCGUAGCGAGUGGGCUUCUGUGAGCUAGAAGCGCGUCGUCGAAAAGUGCGAGGGAAACGGAGAAUAAAAGCCUGCUACUCGGUGAGUGUAAGAGAGACGCGAGGAGAGCGAACGAGACAGCGCUCCGGUGAAAGAAAGAAAGAGAUACAACGAGGCGGCGGACACACGAGAGUUCGCGGCAGUAGUACGCGGACGGACGGAGUCCACAGUGCCACGGCAAAGUCUCUGUAAGUAGGACGUAUACAUAAAAGUUUCUCAUGAAUAUUAUUCUGUAUGUAUUCCCUUCUGUUUUGUUUUGUUUUUUCGUGGAUUCAUAAGGUACUUCACGAUUGAAUAAUUGAGAAUAAACAGUACGAGUGUUAAAUAAAAUGUGUUUGGUAGUUUCUUUGCGUUGUUUUGAAUAUUUUUCGUACGAAAGUACGAAUGGUUAGACAGUCGCACAAGUCGUCGUUGACGCCGCCGACGUCGCCGCUGUUCUAUACUCGUUCGACAAGACAGUUAACCCGUGUACACUUGGUUAUUCCGUGACAAGCCUUUGUCAAGCUCGGAUCCCGGAUUCGUAAAAAGGAACGAAAAAAGCAAAUUUCACGUUUUUUCGCAGUUCUGUAUUGCACAAGUGUUUUAUCACCAGAUUUGAGGAAUAGAGAAAAAUGAAUUUUACACCGUUCCCGGGCUUCACGACUGGGUCGUUGCCAACGGGCACGGUUCACCAGUUCGCAACUGCAAAAUUCGCCCAAAAUUUGACGACGGGAGGUCAAGUGGUCGGUGUAUUAUCCGGUGGCGAGGGCGGAGUUCAUUAUCUGAGACCCGUAGACCCGAAUGGGUUUACCGUCGCUCAGAGUGGUAACAACCAGCAGCACCAGAUAAUAACACUGCCGAUAACUGUACCUGGCAAAGAUGGCACUCAGCAGCAACAGACCGUACAGAUUCAGGUGGUCAAUCCAAACGUUACUCAGAGCGGAAACAACGGUGAUCAGCCAAAGUAUCAAUUGGCGCCCAUAUCCCUCGGACAAUUUCCGCAGGGAGGUGCUACGGUACUUACCGUAGCUUACAGUCAGCAAGGAGCCGAUGGUGUUCAAAUUCAAGUUCAACCUCAAAACACCGUUGCGACAACCCAAACAUCGGAUCAAACGACUCAGAGCACAUCGACAGCGGUAACAACGACAGCUCAGCAAACGAUUCAACAAACUGUCCAAUUGCCAGGAGCCCCGGAGGGUUUGACAGUGGUCGCUCAGAUUCCUCAAGAUCUCAUACUACGGGAGACAAUUGAGGAUUCGAAGGAGGAUGUUAAAGAGGGCACAACACCGGUGGCAUUGAUAAAGCGGGGUACGGUUAAGAAUCAGGGUAAUCCAAGUACGGAAGAGUUCAUAACGUCGAUGCCUGCAACGUGGCAAAGUCUUGCUGCACCCGGUUCGACCGUUGCGGAUUAUCUCUCGCGAUUACCGGCCAGUACGUUACCCCUGAGUUUGCAUCAUUUUUUGAAGUUCUCAGCGGAAACGAUAAAACGCGAGGCAACGAUAGAAUCAUCACCUUUGGGUGCUGAUGGUAUGGAUGCAUCGGGCAGCGCAGGUUCGGGUGAUCAAUCUGUACAAAUGGCGGUCGCCAGUGGUGAAACCGAGAUAAUACCAGACGUACCGGAAGAUCAGGAACCCGGAGUAAAGCCGAAACGCAAGAAGAAGUAUAAGAAAAAACCACCAAAGCCUAAAAAACCGAAGCCCGGUCAAGUCAGCAUAGUUUCAGCGUUGGACGGUACAACGCUCUUCUGCUGUCCGCAGUGCAACAUGGCUUAUCCGCAAAAAGAAUUACUCGAGCAACAUUUAAUCGGUCACAAGAUCGAGAGGAGGUUUAUAUGCGACAUAUGUGGCGCCGGCCUCAAGCGUAAGGAACAUUUGGAGCGUCAUAAACUCGGACAUAAUCCAGACCGGCCUUUUAUUUGUACAGUUUGUAUGAAAGGUUUCAAACGGAAAGAACAUCUUAAUUUACACUUUGUCAUACACUCGGGACAGAAGACCGAGGUAUGCACGGAAUGCGGCAAGGCCUUUUACCGGAAGGAUCAUUUGAGAAAACACGCUAAAUCGCAUCUCGCGAAGAGAGCGAAGGAGGACCCUCUUGCGAUCGCUGAUAAUUCUCAAGGACAACAAACUGAUCAACAACAGCAGCAACAACAGCAGCAGCAGCAGCAACAACAACAGCAGCAACAACAACAACAACAGCAGCAACAGCAGCAACAACAGCAGCAACAACAAACGGAACUUCAACAGACAACGGUCCCCGAAUUGACUCAAAUACAGAUUCAAGUUGGCCAAGGCUCCCAAGCGCAAAUACAUCAAAUCGCUGUCAGCGAACAAUCGACCGUCGUCCUACCGACUGCCGCUGAAACCGGGGCGAUGGCAAUGUUGCAUCAUCAACAGCAACAACAUUAGCGACCGCUUCGAGGCUUCGAUGCUCAACUUGGACGUUUUUGUCGUUACGAUCGUCGACAAUUUGAAACUUCGAGAAUAUUGUCUCGAUCGAUUUUGAAAGUUUGAGGGUAACGAAUUAAGAAGGAAAACGAAUAAUUGAACGCGUACGCGUUGUAGCGUGCGCGCUCGUUGCGCUCCAACCACGUUCACUCGUCGUGCUCAUACACAUUGAAUAUUAUAUUUUCUUCGAUCUCUAUGGUGAAACUCCGACGAGGCAAAUGCCGAAAAAACGAGUUUUCAAAUACUUCCAUCUUUCUUUGUGACGCGUAUGUGAAUAUUGAAAUAUUUGUGUUAACUGGCUUUCGUUCAGCAGCUUUUUCUAUUUAACGGCUGUUUCAUGUAAAUCCUGCUUUUCAAACGAGGACUCGAUAUCAAUAUUGAGUAGCAUUUCGUGCAAUAUUUUGACCACUUUUCGCCAUUCGAAAUUAAGAGAACGAUUGUCAUUUGUAAUCAAGAUAAUUGUUUUAAUAUAAAGACUAUUUUUGAGCAUAGAAUCAUUCAUUAAAACGAACACGAAAUCGAGAAACGCUUCGUUCAUCAAAUUCAAGCGAUUUCUUAUUUCAUAAAUACGCAUCCGAAAAAUUUUGGAAAAUUGCCAUUUUUCCUGCUGCACACUAAUCGAAUUAUUGCAAAUCACGCUUCGUCAUUCCUUCGAACGUGUUCAAUAUCUUGAGAAAUUCAACUGUACAGAAAAUAUUUCACAUUCCCAAAUAUUAUUGACUCCUUGACUGUGCUGGGAGCUCAGAAACGAAGUGUGUGAUUUGCCUCAUGUUUGCUUCUAAUUAUUCGUGUUCUACAUUCGACAACUGGAGUUCACACAGCUGAAGAAUAUCCCUCGUUCCAUACGGGUCUCUCAUCUAGUCGAAAGGUUCAAAGCUAUCCACAAAAUCAAAUCUCACAGUCUUAAAUUUCGUUCUCACGAGAUUAAAAGAAAGUUCAUUAUUUUUAAACAAACAUCAUUCAUUCCAAUUGCAAAAAUGUUCGAUAAAUAAUUUUUUUUUUGCCGUUGAAUCGAAUUGGUUGCUUUUAUACUGAACGAUAAAAUUUGACACAAAUACAUACAAUAUGCAAUUUACAAUGAAUAUAUAAAUACAACAUUUAUAUAUGAAAAUUGAUAAAUUGGUAUAUAAAUACAAAUAUUUAUAUAUAAAAUUGUACAUUUUUUUUGGAUUCUGCAAACGGGACACACUGAGUGGUUGAGAAGCCGAGCGACAAAUCUCGUAUUACGAUAGUGCGUUUUCUCCAUUUCGAUCUUGCAAAAACCUCGGAAAAUCGGAGUUAAAAGAAAGUCGAUUCUUAACCUGACGAUAUACGCAAAUGGAGCGGAGCGCGAAUUCGAGGAAAACAAAAAAUAUAUAGCAGAGUAUGUUGAAGGGAAAAGAAUGAUGCGCGAUGAAAAGAAAAGUUAUGUGCGAUCGCGUUAUGUAAAUAUGUGAAGAACGAAUUUGUUUGUAAAGAAAAUCCUCCGUGGGAUAUUGCCUCGUGGUAAAUAGCGAAGUACGAAAGGGUUUUUCUUUCGCCCUGUCUAUCAAUCUCUCCCUUUUUUUUCUCUCUCUCUCUCUCUUAUUCUCCUCUUGUCUCUAAUUCCAACAAUUAGAAUUUUUAAAAUAAAUUACGAAAUUACCCGAGUACAAGUAACCGUUUCCAGAAAUCGAGAGUUGUGAUCUCGGUGUCUACGAAUAGUUGGAAAACCUUUUUACAGAGGGAGAGAUAAAAAAAGUAAGAGAGAAAAAACUGCGGGAUGAUCUGAUGUAUAUUUUUGCAAAAGCUCAUGAUUAUACCCGUACGGAAGAGCUCUGAAAUGAUUAGAAAAAGAAAAAUAUAUAUAUAAAUAUCCAAAAUAACGUGUAUACGAUUAUGCGAAUCGUCUAUAGCGUUGAUCAAAUCGUUUUUUUCUCUAACGAGCAAAUAUAGGGUAAUAGCAUAUUUAUUCCAAGUCGUUAUGGAUUUAGAGGACCUUGAGAAAGGCUCGAUUAUCAUCAUCACAUUUUUCGAUAAUAUAAUUAUGAAUGAUAAAUGGAGACGUGAACGACGAUCUACAUCCGAAACGGACGAUAAUUACGCUCAAUUUUUUCGUGAGAAAAAGUUGCUAAAGAAAAUUGCACAUAUCGCGUGCCUCUCGUGUCGCGCGAUUAUCCUAUAUUUCGCUGCACCUUAUUUUUGUUUGGUUUGUUUUUGCAACUAUUUCUAUUACUUCCACACUAUUUUUUUUCUUUUUUUUUCCUAAUUUUUUUCUCCAUUAAAUUAACACAAACUCGCGAUAAUUAACGUAAUUCUUUAUCGCCUCCUAUAAAUAAUCUGGACAAGUUUAUAUCCAUCGAGUUUCCUCGAUUCGAAAAGACGAAGUGAUUAAAA